UAAAAAUAUGCACCACACCAACCUCGCACAAUAAACAAAAUGGAGCAACAACAACAACAACAACAACAGCAGCAGCAGCAGCAGCAGCCCAUAUACCUCUACACAACCCCCCUCCGCAGCCACAAGAAGCUCGGCGUGAAAAAGGGUCGCGACAUAUUCGGCCACUGGGCCAUCUGCAUCGAAGGGCACUGUUUUGAACUGGCGGGUCGAACCGAGGAGGAGAAGAGGGAGGGACACGACAAGUACAAGAUCAACUGCCUGCCCGAGCAGCAGUGGAAGGACGGGAGGGAUCUCGGGGACGAGGUGACGGCCAAGGAGGUCGGCCACACUGUCAAAUACUUUGCGCCGAGCACCAUCAAGGAUAUAGGCGACAGAAUAUGGGCCAAAGUCCUCCUCCGCAACUACGUAUUCGACGAGAACAACUGCCAAGUCUUUGUGCGGCUUCUGGUGGACCUGAUCGGCGACGGGGACGCGAAGAAACGCCUGCCAAAGUUCUUCGACAAGUGGGUCAGGAGGGGCGGGAUCCUGCGCGACGUGGCCGUCAUCACCUUUGUGGGCGCCGCCGCCAUCACGGCCGCGGGCUUGACCAUCGUGUCGGCCGGCACGGCGGCCCCCGUGGCGGCAGCCGGGUUCGGGUUGGCGGCCAACACGGCGCUGCGCGGCGCCAACGGGUCCGUGAACCUCAGGCACGGCAAGGACAAGUUCAUGGUCCGGGCCCAGCAGGAAUUGAGGGAUGAGUUGACGGCUGAGGGUAUCCUCGGUUGA